AAUCAGUUCAGUUUCGAUCGAGUUCUGUGCGAAAAAAUAACUAUGGAAGACAAAAAGCUAAACAUUGAAUUUGCUGAAAAUUCAGCAUGCAACUUAUUAGACGAUCGCAAUUUUGAUCAUUUUGACAAUCGUUAUGAUUCUUCAAAUAACCUAAAUAACGGAAAGGAAACUUUAAUCGAUGUUAUACAAAAGCAAGAUUGUCAAAUAAACGACCUCAAAUCUAAGUUAUCGGAGCUUGAAAAGAAAGUGUCGAUGCGUGAAGAAAUGGACAAGUUGUAUAGGGAUAAGCUGCAAUCUAAAGAGGAUCUAAUCGAGUCUUUAAAAUUGACCAAUGAACCGUCAAAGAACAAUGAAAAUUAUACGCAGAAGAACUGCGAACUGGUUACGAAAAAUGAUAAUAUCAGUAUUCAAAUGGAAUAUGGUGGAUCGAAAUUGUCGAUGAAAGUACCACAAUUGAAAUCCUUUGAGCCUGUGCUGGAGAAUAACAUUGCCGGUCCAGGUUGGAUUGUCAUACAUCGUCGUGUCAACGGCAACUGUGAUUUUAAGAGAAAUGAAGGCGAGUACUAUGAUGGGUUUGGCAAGAGGACUGGCGACUUUUGGCUUGGACUCGAAAAAAUGCAUCUAAUAACAUCGCAUCAGCGGCAUGAACUUUAUGUACACAUUGUUGACUUUGAUGGCAUUGCGCAUUAUGCAAAAUACGACAACUUUGUUGUGGGCAGCAGGCAGGAGAAAGGUGUGCUGAGGUCAUUGGGUCAUUACAGCGGAGAUGCCAACGAUAUGAUGCGUUUAAAUGAGGGCAAAGCAUUUUCUGUUGCCACGAAAGCAUACAAGAAUGGUUGGUGGUGGAUGCCGAAUGUGAAGCCCACUUGUAAUCUUAGUGGCAAAGUUACCGAUACAAGUAUUGAGAAGCACGAAUAUAUUUUCUGGGGAUACAAGACGUGGGGAAAUAAGAAGAAUUAUAUCAAAUCUGUGCAAAUGCUGAUAAGGCCCAUAAAGGAAUUGCCCAAAUAAUUAAAUGCAAUGCUGUUAUAGAAAUUAUUAUAAUAUUAAAUUAAUAUGUAAUUUGUACAAAUCGUUGUUUGUCGAACUUACAAAAGCAGGUCACGCUAAUAUUAAAGAUAUAAUAUGCAUAUCCGAAAAUUCCAUCGGGGAUUAGAGAAAUUGUCAGGUUUAUGAGCCAUCUGGAGUCGUAUUACUUUAACACCAGAUGGCUGAUCAUAAAACAGUCCCAUUGUAAAACACCAGAGAGGGAUUAUACAUUUAAGCAUCGCAGGUAAACAAAAGGACGAAGCACUACCUAGAAGAAGCUCAUUAGAAUAGAAACCCCCUCUAUGAUAACUAUAUAAGGCCUAGAAUCUUAAAAAGAAAACGUCAGUUCACAUUUUGAAUUCAGGAGGUAAAGUUGUGGUCACUCACUUUCGCCAGCUAAGUUUCUAUUCACGUCAUUGAAAAAUAGUAUUCUCUAUAUCAUGGAAGGUAAAACGCUAAAUUUACAAUUAGCUGAAAAUUCGGAAUGCGACACCUUCGAUCACUAUUUUGUAAGUACCAUGAAAAUUCAUAUAUGUGUUCCAUUAAAUUAAUUCGAAAUCUAUAAAAUUUUCAGAUCAAGCAUUAUGACAAUCAAUGUGUAACAAAUUAUAAAGUGGAGAAUUUAAACGACGUUAUACAACAGCAAGAUACCGAAAUAUACGAUCUAAAAACUAAGUUAUCAAAGCUUGAAAUGAAAGCGGCACUGGACGAAGAAAAGUUGAAUUUGUAUAAAGAUAAGCUGAAGUAUAAGGAUGAUCAAAUUGAAUUUUUAAAAUUGCGAAUUGAAUCGUUCAAGAACGGAAAUAAUGAUAACUUUACGGAAAGUAAUCUUCAACUGGAGCCUUUUGAGAACAAUGGCGAAAUGUUUGAACGGUUUUACAAGCUUUUUAGAGAACAGAAUGAUUUAAUUGAAAUAUUACAGAAUGAUUUAAUUGAAUUAUUCCAAAAUAGAUGAUUGCAAAACGAAGCCUAAGAUGAAAGCGUCGACGUAUUAUGAAAAGGACAAACUGUGUUAGCAUAAACAGAAACUAAAGGGAAUUCAAUUGAAUUAACUUUCUUUGAGUUUGCAGCAAUCUUAAUGGCUUAUUUUGAGAUGUAUUGAUUAAGAAUACAUAUUCUGGAUGGCUGGAAAGAGGAAAUGUAUAAUAUAAACUAAAUGUACAUUAAUUUAUUAAUGAAUAAAUAAUAUUUACAAAUUCAAUAAGGAGCAACUGCUUUACAUUUUCCUCAUAUACAGAUGUGUAUGUGAUCAAUUCAAAAUGUAUUUAUUUAAAUACUUGAGACUUAAUAAUUCACUGAAUUAUUAUCGCCAUCUCAGAUUCAGAUUCCGUGGAAUACUUAGCUCACGUUUUGUGUAAUUCCACUCAUUUGUUUUCGAGUGUGCGCAUACUUGUUUCUAUGUACGAGAGUGCUUAGUUUUAAUUAUAUUAAGAAAGCAAUGUCUUAAAAGCUGAAAAGCAAGUUUUUUAGCCCGCAAAGAAAGAUCCCCGAUUCUCAACUGCAUUCACAUUGGGUCUGCUGCUGUUGCGCAAUGCUUCGAUAGCCUGAUAGUUGAGGAACCAGAACGGACGCUGAUCCUCGGGCAGCGAAUUCAGAUGAUUCACAUACGCCUGAUCGCCGCGAGCAUCGAUGGGCAGCGCAUUGGCCACCGGGCUGGCAGCCGCAGUUGCCACUCCCGCGGUGCCGCUGAGUGGAAUCGUGGCAUCA